AUGAAAUUUAUUACAGAUAAAUUUCUCGGCCGAAACAAUAAGGAUAUUGUUAUAAAUGAUGACCGCUCAUCAGAAUCGGGGCGCACCACAGUCGUAGAUCCAUUCGUAUUCCCACUAAAAACAUAUCCUCAAGCAUGGAUCGCUCUGCUGUUUCUUGUCAUCCUUCGAACUGCCAUUUCUGUAUUCCAAUUCACGUUCAGUGUGGUACCAACCCUCACUGGUGAAAUAUUUAAUGUAUCGCUCACAGCUGUCAAUUGGCUGGCCAAUGUGCAAGGUGUCAUGUACGUCUUUAUGAGUUUCUUUACUGGCUGGAUCUUUCAAAAAUUAGGUGUUAAACGAUCCCUCAUACUGGCUGCUCUAUUAAAUGCAACUGGAUCUGCUAUACGUUCUGUUGCCGUCAAACUCAAUCCGCCAUCAUUCAUUAUCACCAUGCUUGGUCAAAUCAUUGGCUCUGCAUCUGCUCCUUUAGCACUGAAUAUCAUGACCACCUUUGCCGCUACCUGGUUUACCGAUAACAUGAGAGCUACAGCUGGCAUGUUUGUCGCCUCUAACUAUGGUGCCAUUCUAGGCAUGUUUUUGAUCCCCAACUUGGCUAGUGGGCUUGAUAAAAUUCCAAUGGUAGUUCAUAUUGUAUCUGGCAUUGCAGUCGCUGCACUGAUCCCUAUUCUGCUAAUGCCAUCAAAACCACCUACACCACCUUCAAGAGCUACUUCUGAAGGCACAACACCGUCCUUUUUUACUGGUAUUCGCAUGCUAUCCAAGAAUUACAACUUUUGGAUCUUGUUCUUGGUACAUGGCUUUAAUGUGGGUCUCAGUAUUGCAUUUGGGUCUAUUUUCACUCAAGUUAUCUCGCCCUACGGAUACACGGAUGCUCAAGCGGGCCAAAUGAACGCAGUGGCAUUUUUUGCUGGCACGUUGGGUUGUUCUAUUGCUGGGCCCGUACUGGAUACAACAAAACAGCACAAACUGUUCCUACGGCUAAUUGCACCCAUGGUGUUCGUCACAGAUAUUGGAUUCAUCUUUAUCAUUCAAAGAGACUCUUACGCUGCUAUUUUGUUUGUGCUGUCAAUGAACCAGUUCUUCCUAUCAUUCCUUGUCCCUGUAGUGAUUGAGCUUAGUAGUGAGACAUCCUAUCCUGUCGCUGACGCUACCACCAAUUCCAUCAUGUGGCAAGGGUGCCAAACAUUUGGUUUCCUAAUUGUGCUGGCCAUGGAUCUAUUAAGAGAUUCAGAAGGAACUCCCAAAGAUAACAUGUACCGAGCAUUGAUACUACAAGCGGCAUUAGCCGGAUUAAUGGUGCUGCUCUGUUUCGCAUUUAGAGGGCGCAUGUUGCGUACAGAAGCUAUUGAGAAAAUGCUGCAACUAGAAGCCGAGAAUGAAAAAGGGACUGAAUCACAGCAGCAUCAAAUCGAUGAUGUGCAAGAUGAAGAGCUUCUUCUCGAUAUCCACACUCACACUACUACUCCUACUAGAUCUUGA